AUGCUUCGUGCUGCUUUUACUGGUGCUGUUUCCCGUGUUGCUGUCCGUUCAGCUGCUCCUGCUGCUCGUCCCAUGGCCAUUGCUAUGGGUAAGCGUUUUUAUUCCGCCGGUCAUGAGGAUGAGAGCUUCGAAUCUUUCACUGAACGUUAUGUCAAGUUUUUCGAUGGUGUAGAGGAUCUUUUCGAACUUCAACGUGGUUUGAACAAUGCCUUUGCUUACGAUCUUGUUCCCGCUCCUUCUGUUAUUGAAGCUGCCCUCAAGGCCUCUCGUCGUGUCGAUGAUUUCGCCACUGCCGUCCGUGUCUUUGAAGGUCUCAAGGAUAAGGUCGAAAACGACAAGCAAUACAAGGAAUAUCUUGAUGAAUUGGCACCCAUUAGAAGUGAAUUGGGUAUCUUGACCAAGGAAGAAUUGAGCCAGUAA